ACUUUCCCAAAUUAAAUUCAAAUCCUGAUUAAAAUAAAACAACUUUUUUAUUAUAAUUAUGUUUACCCCACACUCGCGCAACGUGUUGUCAUCAGCUGAUCGAGAGUAUGAAAUGUUUCAAUGCUUCCAGAGCGGGAGAGAGAAACCGUUAUGAGAAUAAGUUGACCAAUCAGCGCUUCCGUCGGCAUCUGUCAGAUAGGUGCUGGAAAAUCGACCUAUCCGGCAAUGUAAAUAAUAUUUUGCAGAGUACGCAUAGAACUUUGGGUGUUUUGACAAUUUUCGUUUGGGAUUUUUGCUUUUUUCCCGUUUUUAAGUGUUUUUAUUCUUUUCAAAUUGAAACACUUGUGUUCAGACGAUGACGACUGCUGAUUCUCCUCUUGCAUUCAGCUUAUCAAUCCCGUGUUCCUUCGUAGUUCGGCUCCUCGUGUGACAUGAUUAGAAUUCCGUUCCAUCUACGACCACCCCCGGGACGCACCCUCCACUCGCUGGUGAGGACAUUUUCCUCAACGAAGCUGGCCGAUUUAUCCGGGACACAGGAAAAGAGCACCCGGCAAAAGAUCAAUUUCCACGAGCUUAAACAUCCGAGCAAGGUUCCCCAGCGUCCACACAAAUCUACGAUUGACGGCCAGUCGACACCAACCCGCAUCCCGGUGGACGCCCAAACGGUGCAGCUGCUGGAGCGGUUAAGCCUGGUGGAUCUGGACAGCGCCGAGGCCCACCGGACGCUCGAGGACGCGAUCGAGUUUGCGUCGCAGAUUCUGUCCGUGGACACCGACGGCGUGGAACCGCUGUACACGGUGCUGGAGCGGGAGCGGUUGACGCUGCGCGAGGACCGCGUGUCCGACGGGAACAUCCAGCAGGAUGUGCUGAGGAAUGCACGCGUUACCGAGGAGGAGAACUUUGUGGGAAGUAAGCGGGAGAUGGUUGGUGGAAAGGGGAUUGUGGGCUUCCGACAGCUGCUGGAAGCUUGUAGGGAUAGUAAAUUUGUAGCGCGUUCAAUCCGUCGCCAUCAAGAGUCGCCUUGGCGGAGAGGAACUCACGCUGGAACAGCUGGAACUCUUUCCGGCGGACGCCGCCGCCCUAGAGGAAGAGCUGGGGGACUUUCGAUUCAAGGUGGGCCGAACCAGCAGUAAAAGGAUUCGGCCCAGUAUGCUGCGGCUGCGUCAGUGCGUCCACGUGGCCACGCUGCAGAUCGUGCUGGAUGCGUUUGAAAAUGGCGGCGAUGCAAGCGUGAGGAUUCACCGCAAGCUGGCGCCGUUC